GCAGCCAGCAGACGACCGUUGUUGUCUGCUCUUCUCCCUCGCGGGUCGCCCACGACGUUAAUCAAACUUUUCUCCUUCGUAUUUCCCCGAUUCCGAUGCUUUCGUUGCCAUAGUUGUGAGUCUCAUGAUUCAACAGUAAAUGUCGGUUGCUCAUUCGAUAACCACGCACGUUAAAUGUCGGGUGUAGAGACUUCAGACUCGUUUUCUUGAAAGCACAAGGUGGUUGUGUGGGUUAGUUUGUUUAUUUUGUAUGGGUACCGGGUAUUUGUUUUUCUUUCAUGUUGUCUGUUUCUCCAAUCGAAUGCAUAGCGGGGAAUUGUUGGUCUGCAUGCUAGCAACCUGAAGGGUGUGUGUUUGAGUGUAUGGGAAAUUAUGAGUGAUCAAGAAAGCAAUAACUGUCAUAGUAAAAGUUCCACAGAAAAUGGUUUUCAAGAAACAUUCCCUCAUCAUACUUCCAAGACUUGUUCGUCUUCAUCCUCAUGUACCACCAGCUUACAUUUAACUUCAACCAUGAAACCUGCAUUAGCAGAAGAACUUCUUCGCAUUGAAUUAGAGUUGUGUGCGCAACUCAGUGCCUUGAAAUUCUCGCACCCUGUUGAAUUUGUGUAUAGCCCAAUCAACUACGCUUUCAAUCUGCAUGCCCAGUUUGUGAGGAAAUUUGCAAAUACAACCAAGAAAGUUAUUUUUCUUGGAAUGAACCCAGGACCAUGGGGCAUGUCUCAGACUGGGGUUCCUUUUGGAGAAGUUUCUGUAGUGAGAGACUGGUUAGCCAUAAGUGGCCCGGUCAGUAAGCCCAUAAAAGAACAUCCAUCAAGGUUAGUGUCAGGAUUAGAGUGCCACCGCAGUGAAGUAAGUGGUAAAAGAUUUUGGGGCCUGUUCCAAGAGCUUUGUGGUUCAAAUCCACAUGUUUUCUUUCAACACUGCUUCAUAUACAACCAGUGUCCAAUUGCGCUUAUGUCAGUUUCUGGGAAAAAUAUUACUCCUGCAGAAUUAAAGGCUUCUGAGUCAAAAACUCUUUUAGCUAUUUGUGAUAGAGCCUUGUCCAAAGUCUUACAGUUGCUGCAAGUUGAAACAGUGGUAGCUAUUGGGAAAUUUGCAGAAAAGAGAGCAAACAUUGCUGUAAGAGACGCCAAUUUGAAGUCCAUUCAGGUUGUGUCUAUUCCUCAUCCCAGUCCUCGGAAUGCAAGUUGUAGCAGCAACUGGAAAGAAAUAGUUUUGAAGGUUUUGGAAAAUCUUAAUUUAAUUGGAUUGUUUGCUGCACCAAUAAAAAAUUAAGAUAAGCAAUGGAACCAACAUCUUCAGUAUCUGAACAUGAGGGUAAAGAUAGUGGCAGUGCGAGUGCAAGCUCAGCCUACACACCUCAAGAAUUGAUUCCAGUUGUGGGAGAAGAGGUUAAUGCCGAGGAGGGCAUGGACGUUGCCAUGAA